AUGACUCCAUUCAAAAAGGAGCUGAAAAAGGCAGACUCUGUAGAUGAGCAACAAAUCAAUGACAAUGUGUUGGCAGCAUGCAAUGAGUUCGAUGUUGUGAAGUGUAUCUCAUGUCUUUCAACCUGCGUAUUUCCCGACAAAACAACUUAUCCUAUCGAUGAGACUAUGAGAAAUUAUCGAAAACUGGUUUCGCAGGUACACAAUGGACCCCCUCAUACUAGCAAUUUCGGUUAUUCGUAUGCAAAAAGAAUGAUCGAUGUGCUGAACAAAGGCUAUGCCCAGGAAUUCGGACGGAAGUAUACAUCGGUAAUACCGUGCAAUGUAUUUGGGCCGCAUGAUAACUAUAAUCUGAACGAUGGGCACGUUAUUCCAGCGCUGAUUCAUAAAACUUACAUUGCUAAACGCGACGGGAAGCCGCUGGAGGUGUACGGCAGUGGUACACCGUUACGGCAGUUUAUUUAUUCUUUGGAUUUAGCGCGCCUGUUUGUUUGGGUUGUUCGAACAUACGAGGAAGUUGAUCCAAUCAUUCUGUCUGUGGGCGAAGAGGAUGAAGUUUCAAUCACAGAUGCUGUUAAUGCCAUUGUAAAAGCCUUCGAUUUUAAGGUAGAUUUUUGUCUUUUUGGAGGAAAAAAGACUUUC